CGUAGGCCGGCGUAGCCACACGCUGCGCACCGUAGCCGCGCGCUACGAUACUACAUACGAAAAAAUUUCGUGCAGUACGCGAUUCGAAAAAUUAAAUAAAAAAUUAAGUUCGGUAUUUUUAAGUAGUUAAGUGAAGUUUAAUUUCUUAUAUGUGAAUAAAUAAAAAAAACUUUUUAGUUAAUGGUAUCUUAAAUGGUUCAAUUAAAAUGAGUGUAGAAUUUUUGAAUUUACUGAAGUAUGAAGCGAAGAUCGAAUCUGAUAAUAAAUCUGCCGGGGGCCAUUGGUUGAAAAGAAAAGAGGCAUUACGAGCAAAGAGAGGUCGACAUGGUCCUCAUAAAAUUAGAGCCAGAAGACAGAUCGAUCCAAUAACGUCCAUAACAGAGGAACCAGACUUGGCCGACAAGUCUACACGCCGCAGUCAACCACACUCGUCGCGCAUCUCCGCCGGUGAGCGCGAAUGGAGCGGUGCGACGGGCGGCCCCCCCGCGGAGGUGGUGCUUCGACUUCACCCCCCCUCGUCCACGUCUCGAGUCAAUGCUUCCUUAGCUGACAUUGAUGGCAGUGGAGUAGUAGUAAGGGCUGAAGAGGCUCUCAUAGUGGCCUUCGUCCUCCUGCUAUGGGUGGCCGCCAUAGCUCUCUUCUUCAAUCGUUGGGGCAAGAUCAGGUGCGUCUAUAAACUAAUGCUGGAGCCGUAUCAGCCGAAAUUCCAGCAGCAGCACCGACAGAGUUGUGCUUUAGCUGAAAACUCAGUGUCCGUGCCACCUCACCACCGAGCAUCACUGUCACGCGGCUGUGUGUCAUACGACUGCGGGGCAUCAUUCCCAUCUUAUCAACCAUGUGGGUACCUGUCCCAUAGACCGCGGCAGAACUCGGUCUUCGUAAGUAGCAUGGGUAUGGGCGGUAUGGCGCUCAUCCCUGAGAGUCCUCCAAGGCGGUCUAGAUCAGCAGCCGACAUCCCUGCCCUUGUUACUCCAUCAGAAAUGUCCCACCAUACUCCUAGGUCUUCGAGAGCAGCCAGUCUUCACAGCGCAGUAGAUAUCAGAGUAGCACCUUCUCCAAGAACGUCGAGAGCUGCAAGUCUACAUUCUGCUGUAGAUAUGCCGCCAGGGUCUGUCCAAGUUCACGUCAGGGGAUCAGGCUCAAAUUUGAACAGACCUCGAAGUCCGAGGCGGCUGACGAUAACCAAUGUAUAAUUGAACUGGUAAAUGGGAUUCUAUGUCUACGGUUUCAAGGACCAAUAUGUAUUUUUAAUUGUGACAAUCAAUGUCAUUUUCAUUGUCACAUUUGUGUGUUAUCAUUUAGCAAAAUUCUCAAAGAACCUUCAAGGGGUAUUUUACACUUUCAACGAUGAAACUUUGAAAUAUCUUUUUCUAAUUUGAAAAACUUAAAAAGCUGCAAAAUAAUUUAAUUCAGUCUAUUUCUUAGUAAACGCAUUGAAACGUAGCUUUAAAUGGACUCUGAAAUGUUAUUAGUAACAUUGAAUCACAUAGUUUUGGAUGCUUUGAAAUGCUUUUAUGGGCUUAUCGGACGCGAGAUUUGGAAAGUACCAAUUAUGUGAAUAUUGAAUAUAGAAAUAAGGUUAAUGAUAACUUUCUAUAUUUCCUGUAGUCUAGUCUUCUUCUUCUCUUCAUCAUAUCUAAUUGUAUUUAUACAUACUAGUAGUUAUAGUGCGAAAGCGCAAAAUCUUAGACGUGUGGUGCUAUUAUAAGUAUCAAUAGUAUUGAUUUUGUCUUCAAUAUCAUUUUUAAUAUCCGUAAGAAGUAUUUACGUAUUUACAUUUUUAAUGGAUUCUUAUUUUUAUUACCUGCCUCUUCCAUUUUUUUUAAUCAGAUUGCUUACCUCAAACAAAUCUUGAAAAUUUAAUUUUAUAAGUAACAUUUGUUAUAUAUUUUUUAAGUUCCUAAAUUCGUUUAAUUUAUCGUCUACUAAUACUUGGCCCUGUCGAGAACGUCCUCUGUGUCUACUCUAAUAUUCUAAGCAAAGUCAUUAAUUUUAGAUAAGAUUGAUAUUAAUAAAUUUUGCUCAAAUUAUUCUGUAAUGUUAUUCCUAUCGUAUUUAUCGUGGUCAUAAACUUUGUCCACUAUAUAAAUUAUUAUAUUUUUGGCAUCAACUCAAUCAGAUUAAGACGCAUUAUCUAUAUUUCCUCAUAAUUGAUUUAGAUCUUAUUUUACCUGACCUUCCUAAAACCUUUUUUUAUUGUUGAAACUUUCCAAAGUCUCCAAAACUAAGCCCUUUUUUAUUAAUAUCAAUCCUUUUCUUAAACAAUUCUAGAUUAUCUCUUGCUCGAGUAUUCUAAAUGAUGUAGUAAUAUAUUUUAAUGGCCAAAUACUGUUAUAUCUUUGUACAUAAAAUUAGCUUUAAAAUGUAAAUUAUUUCAUAUUCUGUUACAACACUUUCGGGUAUAAUAUUAGUAAGUUAUACCAUCUCAUUUUGUAAGCAAAUGUUCCUAUAUUUUAAUAUUAACUAUAAUUUUCAAAGUUCAGAAACAUAAUACAUUAUAUUUGAUAGAAAAAUUGAAUUCAAAAAGCAAAGAAUUUUCAAUUUUUAACGAUAAAAACCUUAACACAGUUAAAGAGCUUUUAGUACAGUUAAUUCUUGGAAUACUAUUACCCGAAAGUGAUGUAAUAGAACUAGGUAACGUAAGAGCUAUUAAAUUUAAUAAUGAUACAAUAGAAAGAACCUUCACAAUAGCAAAUAACCACAUUGUACAUCAAUUUGAAUACAAAAUGCCGCUUUGUAGGAGCGCUACCAUAAUUCUAACAGACACUUUUGAAACUCGAAAGUGAGACGGUAAGAUCUCCUAUAUCAUAUGAAAUGUUAUG